AUGGGGGAGGGAGGGAGAAAGAGACAGGGAGAGAGAGAGAGAGAGAGAGAGAGAGAGAGAGAGAGAGAUGAGUCGGUGGGUGAGGGCUUUCUAUAA